AUGCAUUCAAAAGCUAUUGUAAUUUGUAUUCUUAUUGGACUUCGCAUCCAGUGUUCCGUUGCCGUCGUUCGAAACGAAGCGAAACACCGUUUGGAAGAAAAAUCAAGCGUUGAUCUAGCAGAAGAGUCGGAAGAACUGAAUGCACAACUGUGGAAUCCCCAGACAGAUCCCUCAGAUCGGCUCGACCAUUGGAUUUUCAAGCAUUAUCCUCUGCCUCAAUUUAAACAUCAUGCAUUCUCCUCUUCAAAGCGCGCUUUUGAUGAAAAAUUUUCAUGGAGCAGCAUCAGCCUUCUCUCCCUCCCACAGUAUAACGUAUCAUUCCUUCUUCUAGGUGGCUCGUGGUCCAGGCACAAUUAUCCACCCUACCCCCGUGAAGAUGGCAUUGUUCAACUCUGCAAAUUCACACUUUCCUCUUCGGGUCAAUUGGCAUUCACAUCCCCCUGUCAAGACUUAUCGCAAGGACUCAAUAAUACCUCGUACCUUGGAGCAACAUCAGCUUCACUCCAAAUCAGUCAAAAUAUGGGUCUAGUAGCGUACUGUGAUCCCCUGUGGGGGGGUGAGAGCCAUUUCCCUGCGGGUCGAUGUUACAUACAGCUUCUUCAUAACGACAAUAUCCGACCACGGCACGAGCUGGUAUCGUUUUGUCGGACUGGAGGAAAGGUGACAGAACCCUGCAUGACAGGCUUCAGUGUAGAUUUAGUUCCAAAAGGUCGAGCUAAUUCUGGCUUACUCGAAUUUCUUAAAGGUAUUCAUGUUAUUGUUGGACAACCAUUGGCCAUUGGAUGGGGUCGAGCACAAAUUCUAGCCGACCCUUUCUAUUACCAGCGGACUUUUACUGUCUACCGUCCCAACAGUCUCGAAACCGCACUGCCGAAAAGCUAUUUUGGAUAUUCAGUAGCUGGAGACUAUGUAUCGAUUGUCGGUGAUGGUUUUAGAGAAGCACAAAAACCAUCAAACGCAUCAGAGUUGAUACAAUUAUUUAAGGUGGGUGACCUUCGGAGUAUACGCACAGCUGGAGGUGUGGAAUUUGAUUGGCAAGGCCAUGUGGAUAGAACAGCAUCAUUCUCGGGCUUUGGGACAUCAAUGAUACACUUUAAAAAUGUCGACGGACAGGACAUCAUAGUUGUGGGCUCGCCAUACGCUGAAAAAGGUGGCCGAGUGUAUGUCUACUGCGUUUCAACCAAUUUGGCGGUUGACGAUAACAACAAACAAUCAGUGCCAACGGGAAGUUAUCGAGAUUUUGUUUAUAUUCCUUCCAAGUUUGGGGCCUUUGGUUAUUCUUUAAUGGCUCUCGGAGACAUUAAUGGUGAUGGUUAUAAAGAUAUUGCUGUUGGUUCUCCACAACUACGGGAUAAAUCGAAAAGUGGACGUGUUUAUAUCCUUACUAUUCUCAACAAUUGCACUUUUGACAGGAGACCUAUUCAAGUUAUCUCAGGCCCAGAAAAUGCGCCAUAUUUUGGUUCCAUUUUACCAAGAAAAGGUAUGGAUCUGGACUUUAAUGGAUGGCCUGAUUUUGCACUACCCGUUCCCUACUGUACAUCAUGCUUACCAAUGGUGUACACUUCCCGAGCGCAUUAUCGAGCUGUCUGCCGAUUCUACCAGCCGAACUGGCUUGGCAGUAUUCGCAUUCGUCGCAAUGCACGAAUACCAAUCAAACUAAAAGUAAGACUAACAUCUUUGGGAAAGAAUAAUGGAAGUAGUCUUGAGCAGUUACUACGAGUAGCAAAUGUAAAGGCUCAAGGCCUUGUUCAUCAAGUAAUUCCUGAUCUCUGGGCCAAAGAGACUAGCAAACAAAGGUUCAGACUUAGUGCGUUUUACAGUGUGAAGUUAAACCCCUACUACGAUACACUUUCUCUGAAAUUCGACUUACUGCCACAGAUGGAUGUGGAAGACAUGCCAAGUCUGGAACAGCCGGGUGGAGGGAUUCAAGUGCAGUACAGGUUUAACAUCCCUUGCCUGGAAGGCGCGAAAACAAUGGGGGACACAAAAGCCUGCACCGGAGGUGCCUGGGUGCAUAGACCCAUAAUAGAUUGGUCCGAAUGCAAUUUUCAACUCCGAUUAACCAAAUAUGUUUGCCUACCAAAAGGGAGAUGUGAAAGUGAUGUAUCGCUCCUUGUGACCGAUGAAAAAUCUGGCAAGUUUGCAAAUUCUAUACAUUCCAAUCCAAGCGGAGAAACCGUCUUAAUCUACGGUGAUAAAGAAGGGGCAAUGAGUAAACUAGCUAUUAACAUUUACAAUCAUGGGCCAACGUUUGCUGGUGGUGUGCGGAUAAAUAUGGCAUUUUUUGGCAAUCUUCGCUUCUCUGCAUUUGAAUUGACCCAAGAAAAUAAUAGUACUGAAAAAUAUGCUUACAAACAAACUGUAUGUUCACAUCCCCUUAAUAAUGACACAUGGGUUGCCUGCGAGCUGGGGCGUCUUGAAUAUAAUCAAGAAAACGCAUCCAAACCUAUUCGUCGAAUUCGAUUGAUCACCUUUUAUGCAGCCAACAACGAAAAGGGAAACAAUGACUUCUCCCUUCCCUCUUAUGUGAAUAUUUCCAUUUCAUCACAAACCUAUGACCCUCAACCACAGAAGAACCACAUAGUUUGGCGGUAUAAGUUGCUUCAUGCCCCGAAGUAUCUCAUCACACCCGCAGGUCAUGCACCAUCGAGUGUGCUGGACAAUCGAACAAAACCCAACUCCCGGGUUCCGGGCUUCCGCCAACGAAUUCGAGUCGAAGAAAUGGGUCCUAGAAUACAGCACACCUUCCAAGUGGAACACAUGGGACCCGUUAAGCAAGUGGAAAAUGUGACAUUUCGACUGCAAGUACCUGUAAGAUUGGUGAACAAGCCCAAAUUAUUAGUUUACCUAUUUAAUGAGGUUCGAGCUCCUUCGUCAAACGGCAUCGACAUGAACUGGGUGCCACUUCGACCCGCUGUCAAACAGAUUGACAUCUCUUCGAGCGACGCCAACGGAGUGACCAGCUGCUGGUACGAUGACGAGUCCCUGAUUAAUCCAAAUAGAUGGAUUGGAAUUGAUAUGUCAAGUUUUGAGGUGAGGCGAUUCCGACGCAAUGUGCCCAUUCCGCUAGAUGCAAACAGGAUGGAGUCGAUCGAAUGGGAUUACAAUAAUAGCGAUUCUCUCGGUCAGUCAGUGGAACGGUUCGACAAUGUAGACCAUCCACAGAAAGUUUCAUUCCGGCGAGUGCCUAAAGAGGUGAGUGGAAAAGUGGAGCGAUUAAGUUGCAAAAUAACUUGUAUUAACGCGAUUGUUGGCAGCAGUGCAUGCGCACAAACCUCCGAUGUUAUUCAAUGUGGGCGGGUGGGACAAAAGUUUGGGAGACCACUGUGCCUUGAGAUAAUCUGCCAAGUAAGACAACUGACGAAGAAGCGGCCAAUUCAGAUCAGCUUAACAGGCUGGCUCUAUGCUUCAACAUUCUUUCAGUAUUCCGCAUCUGACAUUGAGGUGUGUUACUCUAUUUGUGCUAUUAUUAAACUUGUUACUAGCUUGACUGUGGAUCAAGGAGCCGUGCCCAAAGGUGUUUUGCGAUCGCCAGAACCCAUAGGUAGUUUUGAUAUGCCGCAGAUAUUCCACUUCACGCAAAUUGAACCGACAAUUUUCCAUCAAAUUCCCAUAUGGCCAAUCGUGGUCGGCCUAGUUCUGGGUAUUUUGCUGCUAACUCUCCUAACCCUCAUCCUCUACCGAUUUGGGUUCUUCCAACGUCGAAAGCACAAACUUGCUGUGUCUGGCCGGAGACGAUGGCGCGAGAAUUUGGUGGAUAACGCCAAUAAGAGGGACUUAGCUGAGGACUCCCGUGAAGGAAGUGAUCUGGAUGCAUUCAGCAGCAUCCGCUACGCUGAAGAGGCACGAAAGCGCAGAAUAAAGCUAAGGAGGCAUCCCGAAGAAGUGAGCAUUCUUCAUCCCGAUGAAAUUCCAAAGGAUCAUGAGGAUUGUGGGCAAGACAAUCCGACCGCCUUGCUUGAACACUCCUCCACAGCACACGAUUUUGAUAAUGCUACCACUGAUGCUCCAACCACUGCCACCGUCAAGCCCAUCACAGCCAGAAGUAACAGUGCUACUUCGGCAAGAGAAUGA